AUGACAAUUACAUUUAAAGUUAGUGAUGCUCAAGUUAAUCCAGUUAAUAAUCCAAGAGAAUUUGAUCAAAAAUCACUUUAUGAAGAAGGUGGUAGACCAGGUAUGAGAGCAGCAGCAGUAGAAAAAACAAUUAUUAAAACAAGUAUUUCAAAUCAAUCAAAAGCAUUUGGAAAUAAUUCUUUAGUAAACUCAGUAUUUACAGCAUAUUGUCAACAUCAUAAUCUUGUACUUAGACCAGAUGAUUUUUGGACUGCAAUUCUCAUUCAAUUAUCACUUUAUAUAAAUGCAAAUUCAGAACAACUUAGAGAUAAAAUCGUAGAUUUCGAAGGAAAAAGACAAUUAACUGUUAGAGGUUCUGGUAAUCUUUUCACUGCUCCAUAUGAACAAAUGACCCUUCAAAUGACAAGAGAAAUUGAAAAAAAUAUUAAAGAUCCAUCUAUUCGUGAAUGGGUAAUGAAGAAAUUCUCAACCACUACUGAUACCGAUCAAUUAGUUUCAUCAAUUACUUUAAUGGCAACUAUGAAGAACUAUUUCGAUUUCAAAAUGCAUUUAAUGUGCAAUUUACCAUCAGUUACUUUGGAAGGGGAUGCCUCUGACUAUAUUGACAUUAAGAACAGAAUCUCUCGUCUCGUCGAAUUUGACCUCAAAGAGGCUGGUAAUCCAAUGAGUGGUUGGUUAAACUAUCUCAAUCCAAUUGUCGACAAAUUAAUUGAAACUGCCAAUGGAUCACCAGAUACCGAAUGGUGGAAUAAAAUUGUGAAUAGAGUUGGUGGUGGUAGUGGUCCAACUUAUCUUUCCGGUUGGAUUACUGCUUUCUGUGCUUUUGAUGCCAAGGGUAAGUAUAUUAUGGAAAAUAAAAAAGAAUUUAAAUCAAUGUGGGGUGAUGCACAAACCACAGAAUGGAGUUUCAUUGACACCGGCGAUGUCAUACGUGGCUAUGUUUCAUGUCCAGUCAAAAUCAACGAUAAUGGUAAAGAAUAUAACACCGAAUUUUAUGCUGGUCAUAUGGCUUACUCUUUAAGCGACGACAACUGCACUAUUAAACCAAAUUUAGAUUGGUCCAUUGUUUUAUUAGACUAA